AUGAAUUCAUCAUUCCUGUCACUGAAUGGAUCGUCCAGUACCUACACUAUCGAUGAAAUACCCACAUUGAUAUACGCACCAGACCGGCCGAACACUAGCCACCUGGCAUACUCCACAACAACCUCAGCCUCCACAACAACAACAACAACAACAGCAGCAACAGCAAGAGCAUUACCAUCGUCGUCGACCACGUCACCUACAUACGAAGAAAACACAUACAUCAAUUGGAGUCAAGAGACUCAACGUAUACUGAAUCUACCUUCAAGCUUGUCAAAGAAAUGGACCACGCUUGUCCUACUGGCUAUAAUAUUGGGCUAUAUCGCAGCUAUAAUCAAUUUGAUUUCCAUCUCAUUAAAUGACUUGAAAAAGGGGAUAUGUUUGAGCAACUUGGACGCAUGGAGUAUAUUCAACCCGUACCUGACGUGUCCUGCUAAUGAAUGGUACAACUGGUCGAGACUCUUGACUGGGUCAACUGCCGUAUGGAGUAGGAUCUUGAUCAACUUCCCAAUAUAUCUCAUUUUCGCUGUGCUUUUCGCCAUGGGAGCUAGCUACCUUACAAUCAAUCGGGAGCACCUCAUUCGCCAAUCAGGCAUACCGGAAAUAAAAUUGCUCAUAUCCGGUUUCAAUUUAAACGUUGGGAAAUAUUUGGGUCUACAUACAUUGUUAUUCAAGAUUGUCGGUUUGAUCCUAGUCGUGAGUUCGGGGUUGUGGUUGGGCAAAGAAGGGCCCUUGGUGCAUGUGUCUUGUUGUAUAUUCAACAUUAUUUACGAACUUAUUAUUCAGGGUAAGUUUGGCACUGGUGGUGGCACAAAACCUAAUGAAGCAGUACGACGAGAGAUAUUGAGUGCAGCUACAGCAACUGGAAUAUCUGUCGCCUUCAACUCGCCAAUUGGUGGAGUGUUGUUUGUGUUGGAAAGCAUGCCAAGUUACUUUAGUCCCACUAAAAUCAUGUGGAAUUCAUUUGUCGCUGCCACAAUUGCAAUUAUUGGGUUGACUGGCUUCAGUGCGUUUACCGAUGGCAACAACUUUUUGGAACAGGAUUUGUUUCAAGUCAAUUUUGGUAAUUUCAGUUGGUUGUUCUUGGAGGUGAUUCCAUUCAUCGCUUUGGGAGUUGUUGGUGGAUUGUAUGGGUACUAUUUCACCAAACUCAAUCAAAUUUUUCAACAACGCACAUUGCGGAAAAAGGUUCAGUCGUUAUUAGUGCAUGCUGCAAAAGUUGAUCCCAAAUGGGGUCCCUUUUUGGAAGUUUUGGCUAUUGUUGUUCUCACCACAUUGCUCAAUUUCCCCUUGGAGAUUUCAAAGUUACCAUUGAGUUCCUACUUGAUAUUGUUAUUUAAACAAUGUCUGAAAGAUGCAAGCGAUGGCGAAGCCAAUGCCGAAGACUUUCUUUGUCUGUCGUCAAAUGGGGUGACGGUGUUGAAGUUGCUUUAUAUCUUAGUUCAGGGCUUUGGUCUCACUGCAUAUACAUUUGGUAUCGACUUACCUGGAGGUGUCUUGAUGCCGUCAUUGGUAUUGGGAGCCACCACAGGAAGACUUUUGGGAAUAGUGACUCAAGUCUUGCAAUCUCGUUUCAAUUGGGAAUCAUUGAGUACAUGUACUGAAAAAUCAUGUGUUGUUUCUCCAUCUUCGUAUGCGGUUAUUGGUGCUGCUGCAUUCAUGACUGGUAUUACCAAGUUGACCAUGUGCGUCGUCGUUAUCAUGUUUGAAAUGACGGGCGCCGUGUCUUAUGUUUUGCCUAUAAUGUGUGGUGUCGUUACUUCUAAGUUUGUUAAUGAUUGGUUAACACCAUCGAAUAUUUACGAUACUUGGUUGCAAAAUAAUUUCAAUCGACGUGGGCAGGGAUUUUUUUCAACAGACGGCUCAGCCACCGGGAUGAUCAAUGAAGGUAAAGGCACGGGAAUUGUGUCGUUUUCAAACUUGACGUCGACAAUAAAAUCAAAACUCCCCGAUGUCACGGUACAAGCAUUGAUGGUGCCCUUGGAACAAGUCAAGUGUUUAUGUUUGGUUAACGAACAUAGUCCUUAUACUGCAGAGUCAUUGUGGGAUUUUGUCAAUGAUGACACACAUGAAGGAUACCCUAUAAUCAUCAACUAUUCCAACCCCGUAUAUAUUGGCUACGUCACCAAGUUGGAACUUGUCAGCAAAUUACAAACCGUCAAUCGUGAAGAUUCGUCCGAACCGAUAUCGUUCCAAAUUGCCAAUCUCCCUCGAACUGCAUUAUCUAUGCAACUACACUACGAACGCAAGAACAACAAUUGCAUUCACCUCAAUUUGUCAAUUGAAGCAUCACCAUUCUACACAAAUGAACAAUCACCAGCGAUUUUAAUCUUGGAAGAGUUUGAGAAAUUGUAUUUGAACCAUCUUGUCAUCUUGAGUACCAACAACGUGGACAAUCAAAUCAUGGCGGGGUUUAUUGAUCGAUUCAUUUUGGCAAAUGCCAUAAAUGACAAGUUUGGAAAAUUGGUGAAUGAAUUGGCCGAUUUUGAAGCAAUUAACGAGUAUGACUUGGAGACUGCUGUGGGCGAUGAUGAGGUUGAGAUGAUGGAUUUACGAUAUAAUAGAAAGAGUAUAGAGUUGAUCACGUGA